AUGUCUGAAUUGCCCAAAUGCGAGCGAGACUUUGACAUUGCUUAUCAGGAAUGGGAGCGAGAUUCGGCCGAGUGGUUCGAUCAAGAGGCAUGGGACAAGGCUCUCGAAUCGUGGAUUUCACCCUUUCUGGAGGAAAGAGAUUUUGGGUAUGCGAUCUUACAACGGAGGCGUCGCUUGCUGAGCAUCAAACCGGCAGCACGUCCAAAAUGUGAAGACAAGUCUCAGAUGAAGUCGCCGGAUUACCAAGAAGCUGAGAGGAAACGGGAGGAAGAAGUCAAUGAGCUCAUGGAAGCAUACUGGACAAGCAACAGGACCUUGCUUGCUAUGGAUGAGACAAUGCCUCUGGCUUUCAAUGUGGUGGAGAUUGUUCUCCUCCGUUCCCACAGAGAUCGCCAUGGUCGCCCGUAUAGUUGGGUCAUGGAUCGUUUGACAUGUGCGCUGACUGGUGGAUGCUGUGGACGCGCCUGUGGGUGUUGUGAAAAGCCGCUGUUGACGUACUAUCAUCCAUUGAAUUAUAAAUAUCCCGAUGGGAAGAUGGAGGUGGGUGUAUAUGGCCAUUGCACGGCGGAAUGUCCUUGCUGUAUCCAAGUCCGACACCGCUACCAUCCUCACCCACGCCUUCCAAAGUCUGCUUUCUAA